GAUUUGUCCCUUCCGCUCACCCUUUUUCUCCUUCUGCAAGUAAAGAGAAGAAAAUCACGAACAGAAGCCCAUUUCUAGGGUUGGGGUUUCAUUUUCCUCAUUCUCGAUCCGCUAACUACCAUGGAUCUCGAUAUGAACGCACCCCAUUCCAUGGGAACAACGAUUAUUGGAGUAACCUAUGAUGGCGGCGUUGUUCUUGGUGCCGAUUCCAGAACAAGCACAGGGAUGUAUGUUGCUAAUCGCGCAUCGGACAAGAUCACGAAGCUGACAGAUAAUGUUUAUGUCUGCCGGUCGGGAUCGGCUGCGGAUUCCCAAGUUGUCUCUGAUUACGUCCGUUACUUUCUCCAUCAACACACAAUUCAACUUGGGCAGCCUGCGACUGUCAAGGUUGCUGCUAACUUGGUUAGGCUAUUGUCUUACAAUAAUAAGAACAUGCUGCAAACUGGACUGAUCGUUGGUGGGUGGGACAAGUAUGAAGGAGGUCAAAUAUACUCUGUGCCCCUUGGUGGAACAAUUCUCCAGCAACCAUUUACCAUUGGAGGAUCUGGAUCCAGUUAUUUGUAUGGGUUCUUUGAUCAAGAAUGGAAGGAUGGAAUGAGCAAAGAUGAAGCUGAGAAAUUAGUGGUGAAGGCAGUCUCUCUUGCCAUUGCUCGAGAUGGUGCAAGCGGGGGUGUUAUUCGGACUGUUAUUAUAAAUUCGGAAGGUGUCACAAGGAACUUCUACCCAGGUGAUGCUCUUCCAUUGUGGCAUGAAGAAUUGGAGUCACGGAAUUCAUUGCUGGACAUAGUGUCGUCGGCUAGCCCUGAGCCCAUGAGCAUCUAAUCUGAUUGAAUGGUGGUUACUAGACAAUGUAAUAUGAUGCUCCUAGUACAUGUUUUCCUUUUAAAAUGAUAUUGUGGGGAACAUGCCAUUUCAAAUCUCUGUAAUCUCUCAAAGAUCUUUUUGCUUGCGAACCAUUUCGUUUUCAGGUAAAAAUCAUUUCUGGUGAAAAUUAUGUUGAGAAUGAUUUCUAGUUAAACGAACUGCAGGCAGUGCUUCAGGCAUAAAUGUUUAGUGAUUGGGCUCCU